GUUUCCACCCCCUGCUAGUUUACCGGUUGUGAUGUUAGCCUGUUUUCUGUGUCACUCCUAGCCGCUUAUCUCACCCCACAGCCCGGGUUUAACAGCCUCACGUCCUCCCUCAGGACACCAUGGCCGAGCAGGCCUCGGGACCCCCUCUGUCUACCCAACAUGACGAGGUGCUCCAGCAACGGGUGGCCGCUCUGGAGCAGGAGAGGGCCGAGUUCAUCAAACUCAAGCAGCAACUGGAGGCCGAGUUCAACCAGAAGAGAGCCAAGUUCAAAGAGCUCUACAUGUCCAAGGAAGAGGAGAUAAAGAGGCAGAACAAGGUGCUAGAGGGCGCCCAGGUCGAGCUGAGGUCCGUCCAGAUCCAGCUGUCUGAGUCCCGCAGCGAGAUGGAGAACAUCAGAGCGGUUGCCACCGUGUCGGAAAACACCAAGCAGGAAGCCAUUGACCAGGUCCGCGGCCAGUGGCAGGAGGAGGUGGCCUCGCUGCAGGCCAUCAUGAAAGAAACUGUGUGCGAGUACGAAGUCCAGUUCCACCAGCGUCUGGAGCAGGAGCGAGCCCAGUGGAACCAGUACCGGGAGGCAGUGGAGAGGGAACUGGGUGAGCUGAGACGGCGCCUCACCGAGGGCCAGGAGGAGGAGAACCUGGAGGAGGAAAUGAAAAAAGCCCAGGAGGAUGCAGAGAAGCUGCGUUCAGUGGUGAUGCCCCUGGAGCACGAGAUCGCAUCCCUGAAAGCCAAGCUGACGACAGCCGAGGACCGGGUGAAGGAGCUGGAGGCCUCCAAGGUCAAGGAGCUCAAUCAUGUCCUCGAGGCUGAGAAGUCGUGCCGUACGGACCUGGAGAUGUACGUCGCCGUGUUGAACACUCAGAAGUCGGUCCUGCAGGAAGACGCAGAGAAACUACGGAAAGAGCUCCACGAAGUCUGUCACAAGCUGGAGUUGGAGCGGCAGCAGCACAACCAGUUGAAACACACAUGGCAGAGAGCCAACGACCAGUUCCUCGAGUCCCAGCGUCUCCUCAUGAGGGACAUGCAGAGGAUAGAGAGCGUGCUGUCCUCAGAGCAGCUCCGCCAGGUGGAGGAGAUGAAGAAGAAAGAUCAGGAGGAGGACGAGCAGGAGAGGCUGAACCAAGUGAAGGAGCUGCAGGAGGAGGAUGUGGGAGACAACACCGAGCCUCUGGAGGAUUAUUAUCUCGGGCUGAGCGUCGAGGAGCCUCGUGCCAACCACAGCGCCCACGGCUCGAUGCACUCCUUAGACACGGAUGUGGUGGCCGGCGUAGACCCCUACAAGGAAAACCUGCGGAGAGUCCAGUCGACAGACAGCCUCGGCUCCUCGCUGUCCGUCCAGCAGGGACUCGGCGGCCACAACCACAAGGCCAAGUCGGCCAGCCACUUGGACGAGUCGGACUUUGGGCCCUUGGUGGGGGCCGACUGCGGUGUGACUGACAGUAGCUUUGGCGAAACUUUGUCCAUCAGCUCCAUUAAGCUGACGUCGAGCCACUUCCUGCUGACUAAAGACCAGGAGAAGGCCAUCAAGGCCAUGACGCCCGAGCAGGAGGAGACGGCGUCGCUGCUGUCCAGCAUCUCCCACGCAGCCGACACCGCCUUCUUACCGCCGGUGGGCUACAGACUCGUCAGCGACAGCGAGUGGAACCUGCUGCAGCAAGAGGUGAAAAAUGCCGGCAGGAAGCUUGGCCGGCGUUGUGACAUGUGCUCCAACUAUGAGAAGCAGCUGCAGGCCAUCCAAGGACAAGAGGCUGAGACACGAGAUCAGGUGAAGAAACUGCAGGUGAUGCUGCGUCAGGCCAACGAUCAGCUGGAGAGGACGAUGACUGAGAAACAGAAUUUGGAAGAUUCGGUCAAAGUGGGCAACGAGGAAACCGCUGCUAAGGUGUCCGCCCUCAUGCAGAGAGUGCAGGAGUCAGAAAUGCUGCUCAGCACAUUACAACAGGCCUUCAGUGAAGCAAAGAGGAACACACAGGAACAGAUGGCGGUGCUGGUGAAGUCGAGGGAGCAGGUGGCAGACGAACUAAGCCGACUGCAGAGAGACAACGAGAGCCUGCAGGGAAAACACAGGCUGCACGUAGAGCUGCAGCAACAGGAGGACUUCCAGAUGCCCAACACUGUGCAAGAGCUACAUGGCCUGGUGGUGCGGUUACGUGAGGACCUGGUGGCGUUGCGGACGGCCUACGAUCACAUGGAGGAGAAGCUGAAAGCUGAGAUUCUGUUUCUGAAGGAGCAGAACCAGGCGGAGCAGUGUCUGAAGGAGAACCUGGAGGAGACGCUGCAGCUGGAGAUCGAGGGCUGUAAGGAGGAGAUAGACAUCUUGGAAGCGUCUUUCUCCAGUCUGAAGACGGAGCUGGAGCGAAUAAAGGCGGAGAAGGAUCAGUUUCAGAAGAGUCUAAGAGAGAAGACUGAGACACUGGAGAACAUCCAGAGCCUGAGGAUCAGCCUGGAGCGCCAGGUCAGAGAGCUCACCACCACAAAGAGUGCACUAGAGAGUCAGGCGUUUGAUGAGAAGGACAAAGCUCAGCGGCUGCAGACUGAGCUGGAUGUCAGUGAGCAGGUUCAGAAGGACUUUGUCAAACUUUCUCAGACCCUUCAGGUACAGAUGGAGCGAAUACGACAGGCGGAGUCUUUGGAUCGAAUCAAAGUCAUCCUCAAUGACACCAACUUGACUGACAUCAACCAGCUUCCAGAGACAUGAUGCCACUGAAUGAAAACUGCCUUCAGUUUCAUUCCCCCUCUUCUUUCUCUUAUCACUGGCAACAAUAACAUUAUUGAUCUGACCCUUCCUCCUCCUCCUCCUCCUCCUCCCCCAUAACCACCACAGAAGAAGAGUUUGGAGGGACAGACAUGGCAUGAGGAGCCUCUUUGUGUACAUUAAGAGUCUUGGAAACACACCCUGGAUAGAAUAAUGAAGAAGAACACUACUAAAAGAAAUGUAAAUAACUAAAUGUGUGACUGUGGACGGAGGGAGUCCAUCUUCCUGUGGGUCUGUGUCUUGUUUCUACUGUAGAUAUAUAUGACUGUCUGUAUUAGCUCAACCAAAAAAGGUCUGUCGUCUUCUAAAAAGCACUUUUCAUCUGCAACUUCUCUUUCCAGGUAAAUAUAGAAAACAAAUUUGGAUGCAUAACUUUUCCUCCUCCGUGUUUCUGAAAAGCGGUUGAUAAUCGCUUCCUUGUUCCUUCUGGCUCUUUUUCUGUGACAUUUUCCACCUCGUUCUGGUCAUUUCACCCCCGUGACAAAGACGUGAUGAAGGAGAGUCAUGGGAAAUACUUGCACAUAACUUAACUGAUAUAUAAAAAAAAAAAAAGGAACACAAUUUGAGCAAUACCCUCCAUCUCUUAAACAUCCUCUACUACUGUAUCUUGCUUUGUUCUUAACGUCUGACACUUUUUUUGUUUUAAAGCUGCAGAAAUACAGUGAAGAAAAUGUU